CUCCAAAUCAAAAGGUUCCGAACAUCUCUUCGUCUCUAAAGCCAAAUCUGUUAAAGAAGAGAGAAGAGAAGGAUGGUGGGAAGUGGAGCUCCACAGAGAGGAAGUGCAGCUGCAGCUGCAAGCAUGCGUAGGAGGAAGCCAAGUGGCAGCUCAAGUGGAGGAGGAGCUUCUGGUGGUGCAGCAGGAUCCAUGCUUCAGUUCUACACUGAUGACGCUCCGGGUCUCAAGAUCUCCCCUAAUGUCGUCCUUGUCAUGAGCAUCGGUUUCAUUGCUUUUGUUGCUGUUCUUCAUGUUAUGGGCAAGCUCUACUUUGUUAAGUGAUGAUGAGCAGAGUGGCUUGAAAUCACCUUAAUACUGCUACUAGUGAUCGUGUUAGACACUUGUUUCGACUUUAAGAUUUAAUUUUGUGGAGUAUAAGUUUCUUGGCAUUCAAAGUUUUAGUAUUCUUUUUACGCGAAGUUAAGGGAUACACACA